AUGGCUUCUCCCACUCAGACUCAAGGCUCCGCGCCAGCCACCCAGCCUCUCACUCCUCCCGCCGAAUCCUCCUCAAUAGCCAACGGUGUCCCAGCCCCCGCCGCAGCUACCACAACCUCGCAAGCAACGGCGCCCGCGCCGGCGACAGCCCCAACCACAUCAACCUCACAAUUGCCCCAGAUCCCAGGAACGUCUCUCCAAGACAGCGGCAAAUCGCGUCGUCCACGCGAUGUGCGCCUCGUGCACAUGCUCCUCGCCUCACUCGGCGUGACAGCCUAUCAAGAUCGCGUGCCACUGCAACUCCUCGACUUCGCCUACCGCUACACCUCCAACGUCCUCCAAGACGCGGUGCAUCUUGCGACUGAAGGGUACGCCCCCGUUUCCGGCGAUGGCAGUGGUUCUGGUGGGAAGGGUGCGGCAUCCACAGAAAUUACCGGCGUCUCUCUGCCUGCGCUGCGGCUCAGCAUUGCGUCGCGGCUACACUAUCAGUUCCAGACGGGCUUGCCCAAAGAAUUCCUCAUGGAUGUGGCGUCGGAGAGAAACCGCAUCGCGCUACCUGGUGUGUCGAGAGGAUUUGAUCCUGCCGCUGGAAGUGCGAAUGGUGGUGGUGCUGCUGCCGCAGGCACGGCAAAUCAGAGUGUCAUGAUGGCGGGUAUGCGAUUGCCGCCGGAGCGGUUCUGUCUUACGGGUACGGGGUGGAAUAUGAAGGACGAGUGGGACAGUGAAGGGGAAGAGGAGGAGAUGCCUGAUGCGCCACAGCAACAGGCCAAGGGCUCCGCUGCUAAGGCUGAGGAGGACGAGGAAGGUGGGGAUGAAGACGACGACGAUGGGAAGAUGGAGGAUAUCUUUGGCGAGGACACCGCGAUGGGCGAUGCGGGUGAAGGAGACGAGGACCAGAAGAUGGGCGAUGCUUAA